UAUAUGACUAGUAAAUAAUCCAUACAGAAAUGAAUGUGUGUGAAGAAAGGCAACAUGCAUUUACAACAGGAACUUCUAGUUAGGCCAAGUUCAGUCACAGCCACUGAUUUGGACUAAAACAUUAUGGGCACCAACCAAGGAGAACAUCAUCAAAGCCUUCUCUAGACUCAAGAGCCUUCCACGUUCUGCAUUGUGAGCAUCUUCUACCACUCCGAAUUGGACCAGUCUUCAAAGGAAAGACAAUGGUAUUUUAUCCCCUGCAAAUUGCUGGGCUGGUUCUCGGGUUCCUCGGCAUGGUGGGGACUCUCGCCACAACCCUUCUGCCUCAGUGGAGAGUGUCAGCUUUUGUUGGCAGCAACAUUAUUGUCUUUGAGAGGCUCUGGGAAGGCCUCUGGUUAAACUGCAUCCGACAAGCCAGGGUGAGGUUGCAAUGCAAGUUCUAUAGUUCCUUGUUGGCUCUUCCACCUGCCCUGGAAACAGCCCGGGCACUCAUGUGUUUGGCUGUUGCUCUCUCCUUGAUAGCCCUACUUAUUGGCAUCUGUGGCAUGAAGCAGGUCCAGUGCAUGGGCUCUAAUAAGAGGGCUAAGGCAUACCUUCUGGGAACUUCAGGAGUCCUCUUCAUUCUGACGGGCAUCUUCGUUCUGAUUCCAGUGAGCUGGACAGCCAAUAUAAUCAUCAGAGAUUUCUACAACCCAGCCAUCCACAUAGGUCAGAAACGAGAGCUGGGAGCAGCACUUUUCCUUGGCUGGACAAGCGCUGCUGUCCUCUUCAUUGGAGGGGGUCUGCUUUGUGGAUUUUGCUGCUGCAACAGAAAGAAGCAAAGGCACAGAUAUCCGGUGCCUGGAUACUGUGUGCCAGACACAAAUAAGCGAAGAAACGUGGCAAUGCUUAGUAAGACCUCCACCAGUUAUGUCUAAUGCCUGCUUUCAGCUCCAAAUGUGGACUAUGGUCAAUGUGUUUUAGAAAUCCUGUUAGAAAUUCUCUACUUCCUUAGCUUCCAUGGCUGGGAAGCCUUUGGAGAAGCUGACAGAACUAAAGGAAGAGCUGCAAUGAAUGAGGGCCUUAAAGGUUGGGCUGGGCCUCAAGGCUUCCAGACUCUUCGUGCUACUCUGAUUCUGGCACAGCUCUUCUUGCUCCUAGAUGCACACAAGUCUUUUCAAUAUGGUCCCAAAUUUUUAUAUAGCUAACCCUUUAGCUCCAGAUGGAAGGUCCACAUCCUUAGAAGCUCAAAACAUCUGAAAGCAUUGGCCUGUCUUGGUUAAGUUGCAUAUCAUCUCUGAACCAGUGACGAUUCCCAAGGAAACAGGAAAAAAAAUUGGUGGCUUGCCUUGAUCCAUGUAUCCUUCCAAGAGUCAAAGCACAGGAAGCAGAAAAUCAAAAGUUAUAAAGCACACAUGGUGCCCACAAGCAAUUUCAGUCCACAGUAAUCUCUUGUCCUUUUCUCUUUCAUGAUUGUUUCCACUUACUAUUUCAUUGUAUGUAGUUAUGAAAGUUAU